UGUAGUAUAGCAGACAGGUGGAGUUUAUUAAGAUAAUGUGGACCCUCACAAGGGAUGGAGUGGGCAGUGGUCAAAGGGACCUUGCAGAGGCCAAGAAACAUUUUCAUGGGGUGAUGACACAGCACAAUCAUGGUGGCAAACGCCUUUAAUCCAAGGAUUCUGGAGGCAGAGGCAGGGGGAUCUCUGUGAGAUGGAAUCUAGCCUGGUCUUCAUAGCAAGUUUCAGUUCAGCUGGGGCUACAGAGAGACCCUGUCUUAAAAAAAAAAAAACAACCAAAAGAAAAAACAGAAACUCCAAACCCAACACUUCCAUGGGGUGACAGUGGACAAUAGCCAGAGAAACUCAUUACAAGUUUAAAUAGGCUUGUACUAUUUAACUUUCUGGAACAGACAACGUUCCUGAGGGGCACUUUCCUGUUAGGUGACUGACAGGCCCAUCUGGAUUAACUCUUAUGGCCGUGGAACAAUGGUUAAGUCUUUGUUCUUCACCAGAAAGCUCUCUUCUUCUGCAGUACACAGCAACCUUAUGAUAUUUUGGGCAGUUUAAGAGUAUCACAUCUUCACCCGGGGCUAGAGAUGGGACUUAGAUCCCAGUUUUGUGACAAGUAAUCAGAGUCCUGCAAUGAAAAGUUCCUGCUUUUGUAAACUGCAGGUUUUGAGUGAGAGGUCCACCCUGAGUGACCUUCAAGACUGCUAAUUUGACUAGCUAACAGUACGCUGCUGGUCCAGAGGAGGGCCGGAAAUAAUGGGGUAUGGUGCUCAGGCAUCAACCUCACAAUGACUUUAUUACCUUUGUUUGUUGUGACAGUGUCUCUCUGUAGCCUCAGCUGGCAUAGAACUCGCUAUGUAGACCAGGUUGGCCUCGCUCUCAGAGAUUAUCCUGUCUCUGCCCCUGAGUGCUGCGAUUAAAGAAGUGUGUUAUCGCGCCCGGCGGGUGCCUUACGCUGGAUAUUCUGACUUCAGUCAAAAUAAGUACGACUUCAGGUACUUUCGAAGAAGCCGGCUUCUACAAACUAACAGAGCUGGGGCGAUCGCAGCGUUUGGAAGGUGGAGACAAGAGGAAGAGAAGUUCCCAGACAGCGUCCGCUACACUGUAACCCAGCUGGAAGCCAGCCUGGGUUACAGCGGACUGUCAAACAAACAAAAGAUACAGGGGAGGUAAAACGCCAUUUUCCUGAAAGUUUUCGUUAGCUGACCUGCAAAAAGGGCUGAAAAUAUCUAAGCAAGGCCUAUCAUGGCUGUCAGGCCGGGUAGAGGGAGCAGUGGGCAGUUCUUGCUUUGGGCAGGUCUUUUCGAGGAGGUGCGGUGGCAGCUGAGGCUCCGGGGAACUCGGUGCUAGGUCAGCGGGUACCUGGUCGGGGCACCCCCGCUUCGGGAAGGAGCCGGUACACGGACGGAGAGACUCACUUGUGGAAGGCGGCUUCCAGUGAGCAGGCGCGGUCAGUGCUAGCCCCCGCCCGGCGAGCUUUCCGCGGCCCGCCGGCUUCCGCAGACGUCAAAGGUCCUGUGAGCGCUCCCUUCAAACCACUGGUCCAGGGCAGGCCAGCUCCGCGAGCCCGCGGCCCGCGCCAUGCACGUCACUCUGCGCGCGCCAAUCGCCGCCAGGCCGUCGCUCUCCCCGCCGCCCCGGCCCCUCCCGCGCCGCCGAGCCCGCGACCUCCCGCCGGGCCUUCGGCUCUCGCGCAGGCGCGGCAGCCGCCGAGCUGUUGGGGACGCGGGCGCGGAGCUGACGGGCCGACAGGAUGGUCUUGGAGAGCGUGGCCCGCAUCGUGAAGGUGCAGCUGCCCGCCUACCUCAAGCAGCUGCCGGUCCCGGAGAGCAUUACCGGCUUCGCUCGCCUCACAGUUUCAGAAUGGUUUCGGUUAUUGCCAUUCCUUGGGGUACUUGCUCUUCUUGGCUACCUUGCAGUUCGUCCAUUCCUCCAGAAGAAAAAACAACAGAAGGAUAGUUUGAUCAACCUUAAAAUACAAAAGGAAAAUCCCAAAGUGGUGAAUGAAAUAAACAUUGAGGACCUAUGUCUCACCAAAGCAGCUUAUUGUAGGUGUUGGCGUUCUAAGACGUUUCCUGCCUGUGAUGGGUCCCAUAAUAAACACAAUGAAUUGACAGGAGAUAACGUGGGUCCACUUAUACUGAAGAAGAAAGAAGUGUAACAGUGGCCUUGGCUCCACUGUGUGCCCUAAAACCUUGCAGUGACAUCUUCUCACUCGUUGUGCAUAGAAAAUCUUUGAUGGUAGUUCUGAUUACCAACCUGGUUGAAUAAUUAUUUCUGCCAGUUAUUUUCCUGCUACACUACUGCUUAUAUUUGAUGCUUUGUCAUGUUUCAUUGUGACUUCAAGAAUUGAUGUUUCUUUCAACAAUAAAAUCAUUACUUCUUAUUUUGAUUAAUAGGGAAUUUAAAUUUUGGCAGUGGGUCCAAAAUUUUUUUUUUUAAUAUUUCAACAGAA